GAGAGAGAGAGAGAGAGAUUGCCUCUCUGGUGGGAAAGAUAAGAAAAUCAGGUGCGCCAGUAAAGCAAACGCAAUGGCGAGUGGAGAAUGAGCUUCAAUUGACGAAGACAAGAGUCUUACAAAACAAGAAUAAAGAAAAACUGAAAAAGUUUGAGGAAGUUUCUAAGCUAAUCAUAGCUACAGGAGAUUCGUCACCCACCAUUUAAGCCAAAUGAUUCGCUUCCAUCUCCUCCGCAGUUCGAUCCCUCCGUCUAAUCUUUUCAAUCCUCUUUCGGCCAAAACCCUUGCAUUCUCGCUUCCUUCGAUCUCGGGAACAUCAGCUACGAACCUGAGAUCGCAAAUGGGGUGUUGCACUUCGUCUUCUCAAUCGUCUAGGCUUCUGUUUCGUCAACUCUUCGAGAAGGAGUCUUCCACUUACACCUACUUGCUUGCCGAUGUCGCUCACCCUGACAAGCCGGCUCUGUUGGUUGACCCAGUAGACAAGACAGUGGACAGAGACCUUUCUCUUGUUAAAGAUCUUGGAUUGAAGCUAAUUUAUGCCAUAAACACCCAUUGCCAUGCUGAUCAUGUCACAGGAACUGGCUUGAUAAAGGGCAAGGUCCCAGGUGUUAAGUCUAUCAUUUCAAAAGCAAGCAAUUCAAAAGCUGAUCUUCUAGUUGAACAUGGUGACAAGAUAUACUUUGGAGAUCUUUUUCUUGAGGUCCGUGCCACUCCUGGUCAUACAUUAGGUUGUGUUACCUAUGUUACAGGAGAUGGGCCUGAUCAACCUCAUCCAAGGAUGGCUUUCACUGGUGAUGCCCUACUCGUACGUGGAUGUGGGAGAACAGAUUUUCAGGGUGGAAGUUCAAGUCAGCUCUAUGACUCAGUUCAUUCACAGAUAUUUACCUUGCCAGGGGAUACAUUGGUCUACCCUGCACAUGAUUACAAAGGACACACUGUCAGUACUGUGAGAGAGGAAAAGCUAUACAAUCCUCGUCUAACAAAGGAUGAGGAUACAUUCAAGAACAUAAUGGAAAAUUUGAACCUUUCAUAUCCGAAGAUGAUGGAUAUUGCGGUACCUGCCAAUAUGGUUUGUGGGUUACAGGAGCCAAUUGGAAAAGCUGCAUAGACGUUUGAGCUAUCUCUAGCCGAUUAAACUCCCAUUACUGUAUGUAGAAAACAAAGUUGGGUAAUUUGUGAAAAUGAUGAAUGAGUCGUGUAUUGAGAAUAAGCUUUUUUCUUCUUGGUAAUAGUAUUGACUAUUGAGAAUGAUUGAAUGAGUUUAAUGUGAUGCAUAUGUAAAUAUAUCUUUAAAAUUG